AUGUCGAAAAUGUUUUCUACAUAUUCGCUAUAUUCGACUUGGUUGAUCUUCUUGUCUGUUUCUCAGUUCGCGAACAGCCAGGCAUGCUACUUUCCCAAUGGAGUGAACUCAGGUUACAAACAGUGCAGCUCCAAUGGCGGAGCCUGCUGCUAUUACUUCGACGACGCUCAUCACGAUCCGUGCUUCAGCAAUGGUUUAUGCCAAUCAAUCUUCUUUGGCUACAUCUACCGAGGCGCAUGCACAGAUUCGAAGUGGGGGCCUUCAUGUCCGAACGUGUGCACCAAUGGUACAACUCCCUCACCUUCCCAAGCCUUACUAUAUCUCCCUCCCCCGUAUACUCACCAGCACCCAACUGACAUCACACAACCAGUCAACGACGACCAAGAAAUCCUUCGCUUCUGCAGCCCCUUGAACGCCUAUUGCUGCCAAAACAGCUCCUCAACAGCAGACUGCUGUGCUGCUGGCGUGGGGUUCGAAUGGAAUAAUGCAACUUGGAUUAACUACCAGUUCGCGCCGCAGCAAGAUCAAUUUAGCUUCAAUCUCGCGAAUGCGUAUACCACUAUCUCGACUUCCAUAUCGGCGUCUACUGCAGGGACAUCUGCCACGGCAGCCUCGGUUUCAGGAACAGCGUCGGCGGUCUCAAGUGUGAAGCCAACAAAUACCGCGAUGUGUUCGAAUAGCUCAACCACCGCCAUAGGUGCUGGUCUUGGUGUGGGACUCGGUGUACCGCUGCUUGUUGCGUUGGCAGGUUUGCUCUGGCUGAUGGCGAGGCGAAGGUAUGAAAAGCCUCAGACAACUGUUCCGGUGGCAUCGAGAUCAAUUAAGCCGGAACUCCAUGGUUAUAGCUCGGGGCCGGCUCCAGGACAUAAUGGGGGUUAUAGUGAAGGCCCUGCAGCAGGUCUCACGGGAAGGAGCGAACUGCCUAUAGAAACGGGAUAUGGACGUGCGGAAUUGGGACAGGGAGAAAGGCGAUAA